AUGGCCAUAUUCAAGACACUUCUCAUGACGGUGAUGAUGGUCCCUUUAGUGUUCGCACUUCCAGCACCUCAAGCACCCGGCGAUUCUGCGAUUGAACAACCUCUACACCUGGAGGUUGCAUGUGGUUGCUGGAACCUGUGCACCUUAAAACAAUUGGCUGAUCCCGCACUGACUGGUUGCGACAAUACUUGUGACCCUCGCUUCGCCUGCGAGACUUUCAACGGUGGAGCUAGUGAUACCGCAACCGCGGCGGCAUCUAGCGACAGCGACAGCGACAGCGCCAGUGCCAUUGCAAAAGUCAAGCGCGAAGGAUUGUCGUUGUCAGCCCUGAACGGAAUGAUCGAGACCAGGCGAGAUGCAGAACCAGGACGACCUAAUUGCGUCUGUGUCGUAGGAGAGGGUUGUCCCUGUAGCGGUGGUGGUAACUUCGAGGGCAAUUUCAAAGAGAAACGAUCAGCAGGCGCGAGUGAUCUUGCAGUGCGUGAUGAGAGCCUGGCAAAAAGGUUCCCACCAACUACUGUUACCGUCAGUUGCGACACUAGUGGAAAGUGUACGGGCAGUAUCUCAAUCCAUUUCUGA